AUGUCGCUGCACCAAACUACCACGAAGGAGACGGCUUCAUAUCUUGCCGCGUUGCUGGCUAAGAAUGUCGAACCACUGUGGACUGUGAUGAGCGCAAUGGUGCCCCCAGCGCCAAAUCCGAAAGCCACAGUCGCUAGCUGGAAGUACGAAGAGAUCCGACCUCUGCUUCUCGAAGCCGGUCGUCUCGUUUCCGACAAAGAAGCCGAACGUCGCGUCCUCAUGCUGGUGAACCCCUCGAUGAAGGCACCGUACACGACGGAUACCAUAUAUGCCGGAUUACAGCUCAUCCUGCCGGGGGAGACGGCGCCAGCUCAUCGACAUACUGCGUUUGCACUGCGAUUCAUCAUUGAGGGGCAGAGAGGGUUCACAGCUGUUGGUGGAAAGAAAGUGGUGAUGCGGAGGGGCGAUGUGAUUUUGACGCCGUCCUGGCAGUGGCAUGAUCAUGGCCAUGAGGGCGACGGACCAAUGAUCUGGCUCGAUGGUCUCGAUCUCCCGCUAUAUCAGGCCUUUCCUGUGAAUUUUGCGGAACUCUACAAGGAAAAUAGGUACCCAAGCGAGUAUGUUUCCGGUGACGGUGACCUCCGGUUUGGCUGGGACGAAGUCCAGAAGAUUCUGGACAGCAAGGAAGGCACACACGCGGUGUAUUAUUAUGGGGUUGGGUUAGGAGGGGCGCGGAAGCCAUUGUCACUGACAAUGGGUGGGCAAGCCGAACGCGUUGAUGCUGGUACCAGGUCGAUCCCAAUCCGCGAGUCCUGCUCGUUCGUGUAUCAUUGUUUUGAGGGCAAGGGUCGAAGCGAACUGACGCGUGCAAACGGUGAAACAGAAGUGGUGGAGUGGGCGAAGGGAGAUACAUUCGCUGUGCCGGCGUGGACAGAAAGAGUGCAUUGCGCGGACCAGAACGGGCGCAGUUACCUUUUCGCCGUCAACGAUGAGCCCUUGCUCAAGAACCUCGGCAUGUAUCGCAGGGAAGGCGAGCCAGUAUGA